UAAGAAAAAAAGGAAGAAAAAUAUAAGCCUUAUGCUUUCUAAUAGGUUGCAUGUUAGUCAAGUAUCUUGUUUAAGUAACCUAACUUAUAGGUGGAGCUCUGUGGUGAAUGCCUUUUGGUAUUAGUAGUUCUUUUAACCCUUAGAUUUAGUGUGUAUAUUUGCUUAUGUAUUUUGUUUUCGACCUAACUCUACGUGACCACUUGUGGAGUUCAUGUGUUGUACAAUUCUGUCUUCUUCAGUGUGACACCUCUCUGCAUCCUCAAGCUUCCAUUUGGCUUUUCAACCACCUUCUCCUUUAUCCUUUACUAUAAUACAUAAACAAAGUUCUUUCCUUGUAAUACUUUCUUUAUUGCUACUUUCAAGAUGGAGGGUGUGAAGAACUCAGAUUUGAAAUCCUCUGUCAAUGGUGGCGUUGUUGAUGUCUAUGGAGAAGAUUCAGCCACUGUUGAGCACAGCAUAACUCCAUGGUCUCUUUCUGUUUUAGAUGCUGGCUACAACAAAGGACUUGCUUUCAGUGAGAAAGAGAGAGACACACAUUACUUGCGUGGCCUUCUUCCUUUCCUCCAUCUGUUGUUGUUCAAAAUCUUCAGCUCAUCUGAAGUAAAAAGGCUGAAGCUAGAGAGAGAGAGUAGAGUGAGAAAAUGCUCUGAAGUAACCCCAAGUGGGUUGAAAGGUUCUGACAUUGGAAAGAGUUUUUUAUUCACUUUCGUGAGUGGAGGCAGUUGAAA